AUGUAUCUUGCAAAACUCUUACCACCAUUCUCACUCCAGGAGGGUGAGGUGGGCAUCAUUGACAGUGAGUUCUGUAAUGCCUUGUAUGGGCAAAAGCCAGGCCAAAGCAGGAACUAUGUACAUGAGGAAAUGCUGUGUGCAGGGGGGCUCUCCACAGGAAAGUCCAUCUGCAGGGGUGAUUCUGGGGGCCCCCUCAGCUGCUACCACAUCAGUGCAUGGGUCCUGGUAGGACUGGCCAGCUGGGGCCUGGACUGCCGGCAUCCCAUUUACCCCAGCGUCUUCACCAGGGUCGCCUACUUCACUGACUGGAUCAGCCAAGUCAAGAGACUCACUCCACUCCCAGAACCUGUAUCUUUGUCUCUUCACACAGAACUUCAACCCACACCUCUGAAAGCUUCUGGCUCCCCACAAUCCUGCAACAUCCCUAUGGCUGCACAAUUCUGGUUCCUGCUGUUAUUUAUCCUCGAAGCUCCACAGUGGGCCCCAGAGUGAGCACCGGGCCUUUAAGCAUUAUUUACUCAGGUUUUUUUUUUCUCUGAGAUACAGCCUCCACUCCUUAGUUUACCCUCUGCACCUUUUCCUCAGCAUAUUUGGCCAUUCACGGCU